AUGGCCAGAACAGCUCUCAUCACAGGCGCAACCGGUCUCCUCGGCCGUCAAGUCGUCAAGGCCUUCGAGCGCGCAGAAUGGGACGUCAAAGGCACCGGCCUCACACGCGCAAAGCCUCCCACGAUCCUGAAGCUGGACCUUGGAUCCGAGGCGGACGUAGCAAAAACCAUCGAGGACAUCAAACCGUCGGUGGUUGUGCAUUGCGCCGCAAAUCGAUUCCCAGACAAAUGUGACAACGAUCCCGAAGGCACACGAGCGCUCAACGUCGCAGCAUCUGCUUCCCUAGCUAAGAUCUGCGCUGCGAAUUCGAUCUUCCUCAUCUACAUCUCGACCGAUUAUGUGUUCCCUGGCACCGAAGGUGACGCGCCGUAUGAAGUUACCAGCACACCAAACCCACCGAAUCUAUACGGAGAAACAAAACAUGAGGGCGAGAAGGCAGUGCUUGCUGAGCUUGAGAAGGCGGGCAAACAGGGCUGGGCGGUUGUAUUGAGGGUUCCGGUCUUAUAUGGCGAGGCCGAGAAACCCGCGGAGAGUGCUGUUAAUGUUUUGAUGGACAGUAUUUGGAAAGCACAAGAGGGGUCCGUCAAUAUGGAUCAUUGGGCACUGAGGUAUCCCACGAACACAGAAGAUGUAGGACGGGUUUGUCAAGAUAUCGCGGCCAAAUACCUCUCUACCGAAGACAAAACUUCACUCCCCAAGAUCCUACAAUUUUCCUCGGAAGACAAAUUCACAAAAUACGAGAUCUGCGAGUUGUUUGCAGAUAUCAUGGGCUUGCCGUUGGAUAACAUGAAGGCGAAUACGGAGGGAAACGAUCCGAAUGCUAGUGUUAAACGGCCCUACGAUUGUCACCUGUCGAGUCAAGCUCUCAAGGAUUUGGGAAUUAAUGUUGCUACAAUGGACUUCAAAGGGUGGUGGAGGAGAGAGGCUAGAGCAUUCAGAAAGUAG